UGUAUCGCUGUGCUAUGAAGUGUCGUCAAUGUACACCACUGCAACACGGACGAACUGAAGACAAAUCAUUCCUCAUUAUACGAAAAAGAGAAGAAGAAGAGAAGCGGUGUAAUCUAAACUGCCAUAUUUUUCAAGUCUAACAGGAUAUCUGCAGGAGAGGCUCUUUAAAAUCUCUGCGCAGCGCUGCCUUUAUGAGGUGGGCAGCCUUUCUGUGAGGUGCUUGGACAUAUCUGAAACAUUCAUAUCAAACUUCUCACGCGAGCGGCGGAUCUCGCGACUUACUAUAGACAACAUGGAAUAGAAAGACUCCCAGAGAAUCCUAAUAACAUAAUUUGAUGUUUUCUGCAGAAUAACGUUAAAGGAGAAAAAACUGAUCUGUAACAUAUCAGCAUCAAGCUCUAUAGUGGAUUGAAAGAAGGCGCUCGAGAUGUCUGUACCGGUGUUCUGUAAAAUGUUUGACUGCCUGCAGGGGGCAUCAGCUGAGAAUGUGUUGGCAAAGGCAUUGUACGACAAUGUGGCAGAGUCUCCAGAUGAGUUGUCCUUUCGGAAGGGAGACAUCAUGACUGUCCUGGAGCGGGACACACAGGGGCUAGAUGGCUGGUGGCUCUGUUCGCUGCAUGGUCGCCAAGGCAUCGUCCCCGGCAACCGCCUGAAAAUCCUUGUGGGCAUGUACGAUAAACAGCAGCAGCAGCAGUUACAGCAGUCAUCACCCCAACCCAGCCCAGCCCAGAGCCACCUAAACCUGCCCCAAAGUGCCUUCAGCAAGCCCAUCCCUGCCUCCCAGUACACAGCCAUGCACCCUGCCUUUGCCUCCUCCAGUUCUGCCAACUCAACCAACCCUGACAGCGUCUAUAUGCUCCCCCCAAGCCAUGGCCUGCCUGCCUCCUCCAGCCUCUACCAGGUACCCACUGGCCCCCAGCCUCCACAACCACAACCCAAAGCACCAGCUGUGGCACAGAAGCAAAGCCAGGCACAGUACCCUCCCAGUUCACAGGAUGUCUACCAGGUGCCGCCCUCCAUUAAUGUUUCAGGCCAGGAGAUUUACCAGGUGCCACCCACAGCAGGAGGGCCAUGUCCUGGGCAGGAUGUGUACCAGGUGCCACCCUCUGUGAACCAGACACAGGACGUUUACCAGAUUCCCCCUUCAAUUGAGAGGAACUGGGAUUCGCCUAAACCUAUUGGAAAGGUUGUUGUUCCCACGCGGGUUGGCCAAGUUUACGUGUAUGACACAGGGAAAAAUGAACAGGAUGAAUAUGAUGUCCCCAGACAUCUGCCACCCACCCAGGACAUCUAUGAUGUGCCACCCACCCGCACCCAGUACAACCAACAGGUAUAUGAUACUCCACCCAUGGCUAUGAAAGGCCCACCCGGCAGAGAUGCACAGGAGAUCUACGACAUUCCACCUAGUGUGGACAAGAGCCAACUGCUCUACCAACAAACGGUAUAUGACAUUCCCCCAUCUGUCAGCAAAGAUGUCCCAGAUGGUCCAAUCAGGGAGGAGACAUAUGAUGUUCCUCCUCACUUUGCCAAGAUGAAGGCCUAUGAGAAUCAAAACCAGGCCUAUCUGUCUCAGAUCCCUGGAGGUCCGGAGCCUCCCAUACCAGAGGACGUCUAUGAUGUCCCACCUCCUCAGCUAAUAGGAAAACGUCAACCUGAACCUCAGGAGAUCUACGAUAUCCCUGCCAGCUUGUGCAAAGGUGGCCCACAGGACCAAAACCCAACGGAUGUUUAUGACUUCCCCCGCGAACGCCCAACGGGCGAAGAUUCUGGUGACUACGUGUACGACGUGCCUCCACAGGUGGUGCGCGAUGCAGCAGCCACCGAGGAGCUUACGGUCAGCUUCAAACGUCUGUCUGCCUCCAGCACGGGAAGCACUCGCAGUAACCUCUCCACAUCCUCUCUGGACAUGGUGCCGGUGCGGGAAUCUUCUGGAUCCAGCCGUCUGCUGCUCCUGGAUCUUGACCAGGCCAUGGAGCGGCUGUCCCGUCUACAGCAGUCUGUGGAGAGCUCCGUGUCCCUCCUCAUGUCGUUCAUCAGCGGGAAUUGGCGUAGUCCCACUCAGAUGGAGACCAACCUCGCUGCCAUCAGACAGGCUGUGGAACGGAUUCGAGUUGCCGUCAGAGACCUUCUGGAGUUUGCUAGAGGUGCGGUGGCCAACGCCACCCAGGCCACUGACCGUACGCUUCAGACCAAGCUGGGCAAGCAGGUGCAGAAGAUGGAGGAGGCCUUCCAAGGUCUCGUGAAGUACAGUCAGGCGCUGGACUCCAUGGGUUGGUCCCCCUCAGCCCUGAUGGCACCUCCUACAGGCACCGGUGGGGAUGACCUUGAUCAGCUGGUCAUGUGUGCCCGUGGCGUGCCUGACGACACCAAGCAGCUGGCAUCAUUUCUCCAUGGCAAUGCCUCUUUGCUCUUUAAACGGACAAACAAACAGCAGCAAUUUCCACUGCCACCUGUACCUCACACUGGUGAUAUGCUGGGUCAGUUGACCAACAACAACAACAUCUCAGCAUAUCAGUCAGGCACACCUGAACGGGCCAGCAUCCAGUCUCGGCCACUACCCUCCCCUCCUAAAUUCACAGCUGAGGAAGAGGCUCCAGACAGGCCAUAUGAGACGACAGAGGAGGGCUGGAUGGAGGAUUAUGACUAUGUGCAUUUACAGGGUAAAGAGGAGUUUGAAAAGAACCAGAGACAGCUGUUGGAAAAAGGAAGCAUCAAACACAAUAAGACUAUUCUUGAACAGCAACAGCUAAAGCAGUUUGAGAGACUGGAGCAGGAGGUCUCCCGACCAAUCAACAAUGACAUUUCGGGCUGGACUCCGCCCUCUCACUACUCGCAGACACCUCGCAGUAAGCUGUGCAUGGGCGACCGGCAGCUGCUGCUCUUUUACAUGGAGCAGUGCGAAGCCAACAUCACCACGCUCACCAAUGCCAUUGACGCUUUCUACUCCUCCAUUAACAACAACCAGCCACCCAAGAUCUUUGUCGCCCACAGCAAGUUCGUCAUCCUCAGUGCACACAAGCUUGUUUUCAUCGGAGACACGCUCUCUAGACAAGCUAAGUCUCCCGAGGUGCGUGCCAGGGUGGCCCAGCACAGCAACACGCUCUGCGAGAAGCUCAAAGACAUUGUGGUUAGCACCAAGACCGCAGCCCUGCAGUACCCUUCACCAGGUGCUGCAAGAGACAUGACAGAGAGAGUGCGGGAGCUUGCAGGUUGCACCCAGCAGUUUCGCAUGGCACUCAAUCAGCUACUGGCCAUGUGAGUUCAGAGGCAAAGGGGUGAACAGACCCUGGGACAAUACAAGCACAGAGCCCCCUUAAGACUCACAGGACAAGCACACCCUGUGCCAUGAGUGUUUUAUUUCCAGAAAGGACACACAUGAUUAAUUGGCAGAGCCGUUGUUUGUAAAUGAAUCAUUGUAAAUAUUUAAGUUGCUGUAUGUUGGGGAUUAUGUAAUGGGGCAAAGAGAGAGGGUAGACAAACUUUUACUCUUGUGUUGUUUUGAAUAAGGGAGAAGAAAGAGAAGGAUAAUAUCUAAAAAGUGGUUUUAAGACAUUAUGCAUUAUUAUAGCUAUACUGUAAUUAUUGCUCUGAUUAUUAUUAUGAGAUGUUGACUAAAGGUGUUUAAAAUUUUAAACGUGUAUGUAGAAGUACAACCAUUUUCCAUCAAAAAUCAACAUUGGAGGAUUUUUUUAUGAAUUGUGCCUGCUGGAAUUGAAAAAAAGGCAACAAUUGCAAGUUUAUCCUCAAGCUGUUGCUGUUGUUCAAAGACAUUGGGAGGGUGUGGACACAAAGCAUGCUAGGAGUGAGCUGACUGUGAGAUAUAAUAUUCUUAUUUACUGUUAGACUGUGGUUUUGGCAAGAGACUUUAACUUACACAUCUCUAUAUCCUUGGGAUGACUUAUCUAAGCAAACUUACCAUCGCAAAGCGAAUGAGAGCUGUGGAGAACAAAAUAUCCAAAUUGGACCAUGUUGGAAAACAGCUGUGUAAAAAAAAAAAAAAAAAAAAAAAAGAUAUAUAAAUAUAUAUAUAUACACACACACACUACCGGUCAAAAGUUUUGAAACACUUGACUGAAAUGUUUCUCAUGAUCUUAAAAAUCUUUCGAUCUGAAGGCGUAUGCUUAAAUGUUUGAAAUUAGUUUUGUAGACAAAAAUAUAAUUGUGCCACCAUAUUAAUUUAUUUAAUUAUAAAACUAACAUAAUUUGAUGACUUAAUAAAUGAUAAUAAAGAAAAGCAGCCAAUAAGUGCCCAACAUAGAUGGGAACUCCUUCAAUACUGUUUAAAAAGCAUCCCAGGGUGAUACCUCAAGAAGAUGGUUGAGAAAAUGUCAAGAGUACAUGUCUGCAAAUUCUAGGCAAAGGGUGACUACUUUGAAGAUGCUAAAAUAUAACAUAGUUUUGAUUUAUUUUGAAUUUUGUUUAGUCACAACAUAAGUCCUAUUGUUCCAUUUAUGUUAUUCCAUAGUUUGGACUUUAUUAUUAUUCUAAAAUGUGAAGAAAAAAAUUAUAAUAAAGAAUAAGUGUUUCAAAACUUUUGACCGGUAGUGUGUAUAUAUAUAUAUAUAUAUAUAUAUAUAUAUAUAUAUAUAUAUAUAUAUUCCCUUGAUUUUUCUGAAGGACAAUGGUGUAAGACUGCCGGUAACCUCCAUAAAUGCCUGCUCACAGCUCCCCCCAUCUCCUCUGGCAUGUUCUAGGCUAGGAAAUAAUUUCUUAUCAUGUAAUUGUUUUAUAUCAUGUUAUGUUCAUGAGAAGAGUCUAUAUUAAUUCAUGGGCAGUCCUUCUCCAAUUAAGUGCCAUUACCUGCUGGACAGGCGCAUUGUGGCAACUGGAUUCUAUAUAAACUCCCCAGUUUUGUUUGUACCCUGUAAAUUUACUGUAAAGUUUUAGGUCAGUUUUUUCAGGAUGAUUGUUUCUUUUCGCCUCUAUUUCUCAGAUGGUAGAAUGUGAUACCACAUCUUCACAGAGUCUUUCAAGCACACAAAAAUCUAACACCUUGUCCUAACACUAAGUUCCCAGCGACAUGCAGUUAGCCUAAAUUGAACACGAAACUGCUUCACGACGUGAAAAAAUCACAACCAAUUGGACUUUAUUAUUUGGUGAGGAGCGGGAUUUUCAACCAAUGACAUUUCACAGUGGUUGGGGCUAUACAGUGCGACGCAAUAGAAAUAUAAAUCAAAUGAAGCUGUUGAUGAAAUAUGACAUUUAUUUUUGUUGUCACAGUUCUUAGGACACCAACGUGGAUAUUUAUUGUUUGCUCUUUUAUCGAGCUGCUUCUGGUUAAGGCACGGUGUGAAACCAGCUCAUCUAGUCUACACUCUGACCGAGUGAUUCUGUUGUCUAGUCACUCAUCUGUUUCAAAGAGUUGGUAAGAAUUAAGCAGAUAUAGCUGCAGGCUGAAGAUCUGAAAAAAAAAAAAAAAAAAAAGGUGGGGUUACCCAAGAAGGGGGCCUGGUUACUCCAAAAGGGGGUUGUGGCAACUUCAAAAGGGGGCGUCGCUUCCACACACGGUUAGGGACAGGGUUAGAUUAGGGGCUCUCUAUAUCUUUUUUGGUGAUUUGGAGCUCCUGCCCCUUUUUGGAGCUCUGCCUGCAGCUAUACCCUUCCUGUAAGAAUGGAGAAAACACAAUACAAGCCUGAACCACCUGCCUCAACCUCCCUCGCCUUGUCUUUUAGCUCUGCUGGUUGUAUUCUAAAUUUAAGAACAUGUCAGAAAAAGUAGUUUAAUGAAAUGUAUUAAACUUUUUAAGUACUGCAACAUGUUGUUGUGCAUAUAGUCAAAAUCUUUAUCCUGUUGAAAAAAAAAGAAAGAUAGAAAAAAAAAAGAAGCAUUUAAGCCAAAUGGUGACCUGGUAUAUGUUGUACUGUUAUUCUGCUCUCAAAUCUGUGUUCAAGGAUUUGAAAGAUAUUGAUCUAUAUGUUACUGUAAAUUGCAUAACUGGAAAUAUAUGUUAAUAUAUUUUCAUUAAAAAAAUAAAUUCCA